AAAAAUGGGAAAAUGGAUAGAGAAAAAUUAUGUUUCAGAAACUAUAGUAUUCCUGUUGUUAGAGUCUAGUCUUGACUAAUGUUUUUCAAUUUGUAUUAUCUUCUACAAUUUGGACCGAAUUCUAAUUUUUCUCGGCUAUAAGUCUUCAAUAUAAUGUUUUCAAAUUUUUUUCCCCUUUUUACCUUAUUUUUCCUAAUUUGGAAUCAUCAAAAACUAAGCUUGCUUUCCUAAAGCCCUGCGAACUGAAGCUAGACCUAAACUUAAACUUCAGAAGAAAAUAACAGCAACCCACUUGCAUACGUAAGCCACUUUCAUACCUGCCGACUGAUAUACGGACUUCAGAGUAAUGUGACCUGUAUCGAUUUGUCAGGAUUGUUCUUUUGUUACUGCUUUUGCUUUUUUAGACAACUGCUUUGGCAAACAGGCAGGCAGACUCUCACAAGGUCAAACAUAGAGUUUAGCAUAUAUAAGAAAACAACAGCCUAGAAUGGCAGGCAGAAAUAAAAGCUUAGGUUUAUUGUUGCUGUCCCUGAGUCACUGAACUUAUUUUGGAGCUGCCCAUCAUAUGACCCCACAAUUCCACUCCAGACUACUAAAGAGAAGUGAAAAGGGAUAUCCACACAAAAGCCUGUGCAUGAAUGCUCAUACUAGCCUUAAAAACCAUAGCCGAAGUGUAGGAAUGACCCAAAUGUCCAUAACUGAUGAAUGAAUAAAUAAAAUGGGGUAUAUCCAUGAUGGAAUGUUAUUUAGCCAUAAAGAAGAAAUGUAAUACAGGUGCUACAACAUGAACAUGAAUACCCGAGCUAAGUGAAAGAAGCCAGACACAAAAGGACAAAUAAUGCAGGAUUUCACUUACAUGAGGCAUUUUGAAUAGUCAUAUGCUUAGAGACAGAAAGUGGAAUGGUGGUUUCCAAGGGCUGGGGUGGAGAGAAUGGAAAGUUAUUGUUUAAUGGGGACAGUUUCUGAUUCGGAUAAAAAAUGUCUGGAUAUGGAUGGUAUGAUCUGAUGUACUUAAUUCCCAUUUCCCUGUACACUUAAAAAUUGUUAAAACAGUACAUUUAUGUUAUGUAUAUUUUAGUACAAUUUUUAAAAGCCAAAAGAAGAAUCAUACCUCCCUCAGAAGAUCGUCUUAGCAAGCCAAACAGAAUCACCUUCCUUGAGGGAGAAUCUGCAGGUUUAGUGGCUGAGUUUUGUACCUUUUUUAGAAAGUGUCAUCUUUUAUUUUCUUGCAUGCAAACAUUGACCAUGUGAUUGGUUUUGGAUUGUGCACUUGAUGAUGUAGAGUGGAAUUGAAUGUGGAGAAAUGCCAAAGUCUUUGCUAGAUAUAUUCCAGUAAGUAGAGCCAGUGACCCCGAGCCAGCCCUCUGGCUCAUUUUUCUGCCUUUUCAUUCUCCAUCCUGCCCCCAAGAUGAUGCAAAUUUAAUCAAGGUUGUACCUGACUCAGAAGACUUCAGGGGCUCCCCAUCAACCGUAAAAGAGGAUGACAGCGCUGAAUGUGGCUCACAAGGGCCUCUCAAGUUGAUCCUUAUCCUUCCAGGAGAAUCUCCCAUCCCUUCUUUUCUUGCUUUUGUAAACUCCAAUGAGGCCACAGUGAUGUGAGUCUAUUCUUUGGAGUGUGGUGUUCUCUUUGCCCAGAAACACCAUUCCUCAUCUCAUUUGCCUGAUGAGCUCAGCUAUCUCCCCUCAAUGAAUUCUUUUCCAGUGUCCCUGUACUUGGUACACUCACGCUGAUGGACUUGUACCCCCAUUAUGUAAUAAAAUAUGUGAUGCUUCAUUUUAUGUGUCAACUUGGCUGGGACAGAUAUUUGGUCAAACAUUAUUCUGGGUGUUUCUGAGAGAGCAUUUUUGAAUGAAAUUAACAUUCAAAUCAGCAGAAUUUGCAUAAUACACAUUGCCCUCUCUAAUGUGGAUGGACCUCAUCUAAGCAGCUGAAGGCCUAAAUUGAAAAAAAGACCAGAUUCUCUGGAGGAAGAGAGAAUUCUCCAGCAGAGAGCUGUGGGACUUCCUCUGCAACAUCAGCUCUUCCUGGUUCUAUAGGGUUUUACAGCCCAAAGAUAGCCUGUGUAGUAGGCUAUACCAUCUAGGUUUGUGUAAGUACAUUUAUAUGAUGUUUGCACAACAAGGUUCUUAGGAAAUUGCUUAAGAACUCAUUUCCCAGAAUGUAUCCCCAUCCUUGAGCAAUGUAGGCUGUAUUUCCAUACUGUAAAUACUCCCCUUGUGGGGGAUUUCAAUCUACAAAUGUGACAUCACUGAAUGUGGAGUUAGAAAGAAAGGUACAGUUCAUGGCUCACAGUUCCUACAGCCCUUCUAAUUUCCUAAAUGAGUACAGCAAAGUAUCUUUUGUUAAAAUAUUUGGCAUUUUUUUCCUGGUUACUGAAAAAGCUCCAGAACAGCUCCAGAGCCAUAAAGGUGAAAGAUAGUAGUUCAGCCACACGAGUUUAUGUUAAUGUGGUGAUUUUUGGAAACUCGCAGGAUAAUCCCAAUAUUUGGGGGGAGUGGUGGCUAGUUGCCAGAGGAACCAGCCAUGUGCUCAGAGGAUUGGAACUCACAGCUCCACCCUCUGCUUCCAGGAAAAGAGAGAGGCUGAAAAUUGAGUUGCCAGUGGCCAGUGAUUUAAUCAAUUACAUCUACAUAAUGAAACGUCCAUAAAAACCGAAAAGGGCUGAGUUCAAGUGGCUUCCAAGAAGGUAGACAAAAACACAUCCUCAUGUUGGGAGGGCGGUCCACCCCAACUCCACGGGUAACGGUAGCUCCUGCCCUAAGGGCUUCUCUCGGACCUUGCCCUAGAAGUGUCUUCAUCUGGUUGUUUAUUUAGAUCCUUUAAAAUAUCUUUUGUAAUAAACCAGUAAACAUAAGUAUUUCCCCGAGUUCUGUGAGCUGGUCUAGCAAAUUAAUUGAACCCAAGGAGCGGGUUGUGGGAGCCCCAAUUUAUAGCACAUCUGUCAGAAACACAGGUAAAACAAUCUGGAGUUUGAAAUUGGCAUAAGAAGUGGGGUACCAUCUGGUGGGACUGAGCUGUCUAACCUGUAGGAUCUGAUGCUAUCUCCAGGUAACUUCAGAAUUGAAUUGGAGUAGAGGCCCCUCCUGGUAUCUGCUGCAGAAAGGCUUAUUUGAGAUGUUAAGACAUUAUAAGAGACGACAGAAAAAAAAUGUAUACGAUACAAACUUCUCUGUGUUAUAUUUCUCCAUAGCCCUUUUUACUGUUCAUCAGACUCUCUAACUUACACAUUCGUGGCUUGCUUUUCUCCACUUCAAAGUAAAUUCUGCAAUAAGAGGGCAGGGAUUUUUUUUUUCCAUCUGCUGUAUCCCCUUGAAUUGCUUUUCCUUGUUUGUCCCACCUUCCAAUACUAAUGCUACAGUUUUCUUAGUUCCCUAAAACAGGGACCAUUUCCAUUUUAUUAAGUUGCAGAACGCGGUUUAAUCCUAGCAGACUGGUUCCAAAAACGUCGUGUUAUUCACUAUCUCUGAGCACUAACAAUGACAUUCUCAUUUUGCAGCUGAGAGAGGUAUUAAUUUGUCAGAGUCACAACACGGGCGGGGUUCCGAGUCGCUGUUCUUACUCCAAAAAGCUUAACACAGAAAGAUAAUCACACUCCCACGGACAGGCACAGAAGGCCGUACUCCGAAUGACAUCGCGGUCACAGGGGCACAGACAGCAUCACAAAGCCGCACACGUGCUCACACCUGGGGCUCAGCCGCCGCGCGCUUCCUUCCGAGGUCUUAGGAACCGGUAACUAGGGACGCUUCUGGUCUCCAGGCGAGGAGAGGGGAGAGUGCAAUCUUUGCGCCUGCGUACACUCCCGCUCUUACCCGCGGGAAACCGUAGGCCAAGUCCCGCUCGCAUAAUCACGCACUGCGCAGAAACGCCCGCUCUGUCUCUAGGGUCCCUCCCACUCACAGCCGCCCGACGACAGGCCCCUCAACGCUAGGCCACGCCUCGUCUCCGCCCCUCGCGCCUGGCCCCUGGAGAAAGGUCGGCGCCUGCGCAAUGGGGGUUCCGGCGUCGACUCACGAAGUCCUUCGGAUGAGAGCUUCUGGGUGCCAGACGAGGCCAGGGCCUUGCCCUCCCAAGACACUCUUCUUCAAGAGAGAGACCAGAAGAGAAGGCAAAAAUGAAUGUUGAAGUAUUAAAAGUCAUAUCCCAGGACUUGGUGACAUUCAAGGAUGUGGCGAUAGAUUUUUCCCAGGAAGAGUGGCAAUGGAUGAACCCUGCUCAGAAGCGAUUAUACAGGAGUAUGAUGUUGGAGAACUAUCAGAGCCUGGUAUCACUUGGUCUUUGUGUUUCUAAGCCGUAUGUAAUCUCCUUAUUGGAACAAGGGAGAGAGCCUUGGGAGAUGACAAGUGAGAUGACAAGAAGCCCAUUCUCAGAUUGGGAAUCUAUAUAUGAGACACAGGAAUUACCUCUGAAGCAGUUCAUUUAUGAUGAUGCAUGCAUGGAGGGAAUUACAAGCUAUGGACUUGAGUGUUCCACUUUUGAAGAAAAUUGGAAGUGGGAAGACCUUUUUGACAAGCAGAUGGGAAGUCAAGAGAUGUUUAGCCAGCAAGAAACAAUCACUCAUAAAGAAACCCUCACUAAGGAAACAGAAUUUAAAUAUACUAAAUUUGGGAAAUGUAUCCAUCUGGAAAACAUAGAAGAGAAUAUUUAUAAUCGUACAUCAGAUAAAAAAUGCUUCUCCAAAAAUUCUAUGGUAAUAAAACAUAAGAAAGUCUGUGCAGGAAAGAAGCUUUUUAAAUGUAAUCAAUGUGACAAAACCUUCACCCAUAGCUCAUCCCUUACUGUUCAUUAUAGAAUUCAUACUGGUGAAAAACCAUAUGAAUGUGAGGAAUGUGGGAAAGCCUUCAAGCAGAGGCAACACCUUGCUCAACAUUACAGAACACAUACUGGAGAGAAACUCUUUGAAUGUAAAGAAUGUAGGAAAGCCUUCAAACAGAGCGAACACCUUAUCCAACAUCAAAGAAUUCAUACUGGAGAAAAACCAUAUAAAUGUAAGGAAUGUAGAAAAGCUUUCAGACAACCUGCACACCUUGCUCAGCAUCAGAGAAUUCAUACUGGAGAGAAACCCUAUGAAUGUAAAGAAUGCGGCAAAGCCUUUAGUGAUGGCUCAUCUUUUGCUCGACAUCAGAGAUGUCACACUGGCAAAAGACCCUAUGAAUGUAUUGAGUGUGGGAAGGCUUUUAGGUAUAACACAUCUUUUAUUCGUCACUGGAGGAGUUGUCAUACUGGAGAGAAGCCUUUUAAUUGCAUUGAUUGUGGGAAAGCCUUCAGUGUUCACAUAGGACUUAUUCUACAUAGGAGAAUUCAUACAGGAGAGAAACCUUACAAAUGUGAUGUGUGUGGAAAAACCUUCAGCUCUGGUUCAUCCCGUACUGUACAUCAGAGAAUUCAUACAGGAGAGAAACCUUAUGAAUGUGAUACUUGUGGGAAAGACUUUAGUCAUCAUGCAUCACUCACUCAGCAUCAAAGAGUACAUUCUGGAGAGAAACCUUAUGAAUGCAAGGAAUGUGGGAAAGCCUUUAGGCAGAAUGUACACCUUGUUAGUCAUUUGAGAAUUCAUACUGGUGAAAAACCCUAUGAAUGUAAAGAAUGUGGAAAAGCUUUUAGAAUCAGUUCACAGCUGGCCACUCAUCAGCGAAUUCAUACUGGAGAGAAGCCUUAUGAAUGUAUUGAAUGUGGAAAUGCUUUCAAACAGAGAUCACACCUUGCCCAACAUCAGAAGACUCAUACAGGAGAGAAACCUUAUGAAUGUAAUGAAUGCGGGAAAGCCUUCAGCCAAACUUCCAAUCUUACUCAACAUCAAAGAAUUCAUACAGGAGAGAAACCCUAUAAAUGUACUGAAUGUGGAAAGGCUUUUAGUGAUAGCUCAUCCUGUGCUCAACAUCAAAGACUUCACACUGGCCAAAGGCCCUAUCAGUGUUUUGAAUGUGGGAAGGCAUUCAGAAGAAAGUUAUCCUUAAUGUAUCAUCAAAGAGGUCAUCCUGGAAAAGAACCUUAAAAAUGUAGUGCAUGUGGCCAAACCUUUAGUUAUCAUCAGUCCCUUACUGUUCAUCAGAGAAAUCCCACUGGUUAAAAAACAUAUAAAUGUAAGAAAUAAAGAAAAACCCUCAGCCAGACUGAACACUUUACAUGGAAGAAUUCAUACUACAGAGAGGUCUUAAAAAUGUUAAGAAUGUGCAAACGUCUUCAGACAAAAUGCACACCUUGCUCAUCAUUGUGUUCAUUUCAGGCAUCCAGCUGUUCCUCACCCGCUACGUCACUGGAUCCUGCCAACAUACCUGCUAAAUAUUUUUGGAAUUCAUCCACUCUUUUGGUUCCCUAGUCUGAAACAGUCAUUUCAUCUGGACUGUUUCAAUCAUCAUACAACCUUUUGUCUUCCCUGGGCCACACUGGAAGAAGAAAAAUUGUCUUGUGCCACACAUACAAUACACUAACAUUAACAAUAGUUAACAAGCUAAGAAAAAAAAAAAGUCUGUAUGUAAUUUUAGUGAUACACCAACACAGAUAAGCAAAGAAGUCAUUGAAUACAAGAGGUUGGACACCCAUGAAUUCUAAAACUUCUGUAUCCUCUUUUAUCCCUUUUGUAUUAAUAUUAUAGCCACAGUGAUCUUUCAAAAAUGCAAAUUAAAUUAUUCGCUUAAAACUCAUUAAAAUAUUUGAUGCAUAAUAAAGUUCUUAGCAAAAUUACCAACUCAUACUAAGUGCUUGGUAAAUGUUAGGUAAGUAUUCUUCAGAGUUGAUGUAAAUUAUUUUUAAACAGUGUACUCUUGAAAGCAGUAUGGCAAUUGUAAAAAUUUUGGAACCAAAACAGUAUCUUUUUUUUUAAACUAAAAAAAAGUUUUUAGAUAGGGUCUUCCUGUAUUUCCCAGGCUGGUCUCAAACUCUUGUGCUCAAGCGAUCCUCGCACCUCAUUCCCAAGUAGCUGGGAUUACAGGCAACCAGCCUGACUUAAAAAACAGUAUCUUAAGGUAGACAGUGAUUAGCACAUGUAGUAUGCUUAACAUUUAAUAUUAUAAUAAAACAUCACAGUGACACUCUCAUGAUUAAGGCUGUGUUCCAUUGUUGGUGAGGAAACUAAUUAUGACCUAAUACAUAGAACAUGUUUUAAUAAGUGGCUGUAUAGCUCUGGAUAAAAUGAACAAAAGAAUUAGAAUUUCUGGGGAGGAUAUAUGCAAGACUAUUAAGUCAAAAAAAGUCACUAAUGUUUAAAUGAAGAAAGAGAAAUUAAUAUAGUCCCAUUUCAACAUGUGGGUUCACAGAUUUAUUCUAGCAUUCUGAGGAUCCAUCAGUAAGGUUGUUCUGGAGUUUAUUAAAACACACACACACACACACACACACACACACAUGCACACACACUUAAAAUCUCCCACUUCUUUGAUGAGGUUAAGUCAACUGUGAUAUCAAACCAAGGGGAAUAAAUGAAAUUAUAGGUGAAUUUACUUAGUUUUAUACAAAAGGAAAUUGUUAGCCUCUGCUGAUGGAGAACAGAGGCUCUGAAUAAAUGGAGAUCCAUAACAUGAUCCUAGAUGGAUGUUUCAGUAUUGUAAUCCUGUAGGUUACUUUUACACUGACAAUUCUGAAAUUCAUGUUGAGUGUUAUAUUAGGCAGGUAUCACAAGGAAGGUUGUAUCCCAUGAGUUUUUUAUAUUGCAAAAGUGUUUUCGAUGUAUCAUUGGGGGAGAUUAAGUGUCUUUGACAGUUAUCCAACUGGAGAUAAAGUCAGCAUCACAUUUCGCUCCUUACAGAGAAGUUUAUUCUGUACUGAUUACAGACAUGAGAGGAAAUAUUGUUAAGAUGGUAGAGGAGAAUGUAGAGUAUUUCUGUGCCUUUAGGUCCAGGAAGUCUUUGGUAAGCAGGACACGGUCCAGAAGCCAUGAAGAAUGACAGGACUGUGUAGAAGAUUUAAACCUUUUUCAUGAUAUAAGACACUGUAUGCAAAGUUAAAAGCCAUAUGACAGGCUGAGAGAUAUCCUAAACAUACAUUUAAAAGGAUAUAUCCCUUGCAAAAGGGCUGUGGGAAAGCAGCAAGGAUAAGGUACACAGUCUUGCGUAGCAUGUCAACAAAAAAUCCUUGGAUGAAGAAAUUAAAAUAGUUAAAUAGAGGAAGUUCUCAACCUCACUAAUAAUCAGAUAAAUGCAGAUUGUAAAAGUCCUCAUCGCCACCAACACAAACCACCAGAAAUUCUGUGUGAAUGUAAAGUUUGGAUAAUAUCCAGUACUGUUGCAGAUGUGAGAAACCAUAUUUUCAUAUAUUGAGGGUAAAUUAGAGGAAAGCCAUUUUAGAGGGCAAUGUGGUGUUACCUGUCAGCAUUUUGAAUAUAAGUACCCUUUGCUACGAUUCUACACCUAGUAAUUUAUGUUCUCGAAAGCACAAGUGCAGAAAUAUAGAUGCAUAAGCACAUGUGUUAUAGAAUUGAGAGAAAUUUGGAAAAACAAAAUAUUUAGAACUAGUAAAGUUAUGGGUUACAGAAAAUCAAUUCAGUAGAUCAGUAUGUAGUUACGGAAAAUGAGAUGGAUCUCUAUGUACUCAAAGAUGUCCUGCAGCUUAUGAAUUGAAAUAUAAUUUUAUAAUCAACACAGUGAUAUCAUUAUUAAGUACAUAAAUUUUAUAAAGCUUAA